AUGGUCGAUCCACAGAAAGUUCCUUACUGUACUAGCUGCUAUAUGAAAAAGUUCGCCCCACGUUGCGUUGCAUGUAACCAGCCGAUUACACCACGUGAAGGUGAGACGACAGCGGUACAGUACAUAGUAAUGAAUAAAACAUAUCAUCCGACAUGCUUCAAAUGCGAAGACUGUGGUAUGCAGCUAUCCAACAAGGGCGGUGACGAAGGCUGCUAUCCCUUGAAUGACCACCUCUACUGUAAAAAGUGUCACAUAAAGCGAAAAAAUGAUGAAAAGAAAUGA